AUGGGUUACUUAUCAGAAUUUGGUUGGCCACUUUUCAAAGACCAUAAAUAUCCUCUUUUCAAUUGUGAUAUGGAAUUAUGUUUUACUAGAAAUACAGAUGAUGAUGCAUUAUUAAAAAGAGAGAUUUUUAAGGAAAAUGGUAAUGAGGUUAGAAAAAUUGUUGUAGGAUUGGAAGAUGGUAAAAUUAUUAUUGAUGAAUUUACAAUUAGAAUUCCAUUUAUAGAAUACAAUCCUUUACAAAAAGUUUUAUUUAUAAAUGAUUUAACUAAAAUUUCUCAAGAAAAAAGGUAUACUAUUAAUUUUAAAGCCUUACAAAGUAUUGAGGAAAGAAAUAUAAAAGGAAAAACUAUAAAAAUUGAUUUAACAUCUCAAUAUCGAAGUGAAAAUCCUCCUGUGUUUUGUGGUUUUGUAUUUCAAACAAAUAAAUUAAAUACUCAAGAUCAUGACCCUGGUGAAUUUGAUCAUUGUUGUCUUAGAAACUAUAGGUUUGAAAUAAAUGGAAAAAGUUAUCCUACAGAACGUCAGAUGAAGAUUUUAAGAAUAUUAAAUUUUGCCAAUCUUAUGAUGAUUCAAUGGCUUAUAAAUUAA